UCUUACGCUCAUAGGUCCUAUUACAGACGCGGGUUUAGCGAUACAAUUAAUACUUGCGUUUAAUAUAAAUAUGUAAUAUGGCAGUGUCACAACAAUGGUUUAUACAGUGGUCGUCACCGUCGGUUACGUUUACCGAUAUCAGUGCUAAAUAUAAAAAUGUGAACCCAUAUUUGGAACAGCGUGAUCUAAAUGUAUUAAGCUUUUAUGAUCAAAAAUAUACAAACAAUGAACGGUUGUCUCCGUAUCAAUAUCGAAGGAGGAAGUACUAUAGUCAUUUAGAAUCGAAAAAAGCUUAUCAAGCAAAUGAGCGAUCAGCGGGUGUCACACUAUGGCUUGCUAUGUUAGGAUUAGCGAGUUCACAAUCUCUACCAGCGGAUGUGGAUACUCCACCUUUCAGUACUCUUUACAAAUGGAAAUAUAUUGACUUCGAGUUUCCGUCCGAACUGCAUCGACAGAGAGCUCUCUCUUCUAGGCAAUACGUACCAGAUAGUGUUCUGCCAUUGGGUUUAGAAGUGUGGGGAUCGCGGGUUUGGGUGACAUUACCCAGCUGGAGGCAAGGCGUUCCCGCGACUCUGGCUACUGUGUCCCGUUUUGGGGGCGUAGUGUCGCCCCUCCUCAGACCGUACCCGGAUUGGAGCUUUCAUAGAGCCUUCAAUAACCAAAACAAUUGCUCUGGCUUAACAUCAGUAUUUCGCAUCAACGUGGAUCAAUGUGGAAGAUUAUGGGUCUUGGAUUCUGGACAAAUUGAUUCACAAGACAACCCUAAACAAAUAUGUCCACCUAGCAUCGUUGUCUUUAAUUUACAAAACGAUGAACUUGUAGCACGAUAUACUAUUCCUGAAAAAUAUGUGCUCCAAGAUUCUCUGUUCUCCAAUAUUGUAGUGGAUUCUAGAACAUCAGAUUGUUCAGAUCUACACGUUUACAUUGCUGAUACUUGGAGAUUUGGUCUAUUAGUAUUUCGCGAGAGGGACGCCAGUUUUUGGCGUUUUUCGCAUCAUUUAUUCUAUCCAGAUCCUUUGGCAUCAAAUUAUACACUUCAUGGACAUAAUUUUCAAUGGUCCGAUGGUAUAUUUGGUCUAGCUUUAUCUCCAGUCAAUUACUUUCAGGAAAGAAUCCUUUACUUCCAUUCAAUGUCAAGUUACAGAGAGUUUUACGUCAAAACGUCUGUUCUUCGCGAACCAUCACGUGUUAAUAACAGUGCAACUGAGUUUAAUCUAUUAGGAGAAAGUAGGGGGCUGUUUGGACAAUCAUCAGCAUCUGCCAUAGAUAGGCGUGGAGUAAUGUUUUACGGAUUAGUCACUAGAGACAGUAUAGCAUGCUGGGAUACUAAAAAACCGUAUCAAAAAAUAACAACCGGUACCGUGGCUAGGAACCCAGAGACGCUAAUUUUCCCUAAUGAUAUUAAAGUGGAUCAAAGUGAGCGGCAGAGCUUAUGGGUAAUAUCAAACAGAUUACCAAUUUUUCAAGAGGGUCCAUUAGAUCCAGAAGACUAUAAUUAUCGUAUCAUGUAUGUUGAUACGAUAGAAGCGGUUCGAGGCACGGUUUGUGAUCCAGGUUAUCCCAUGGCAGAGAGACCAAUUAUUCAUACUGAUUUGUGGCCAUAAAUAUUAUACUUUAAGGAUAAGUGUAAAAUAUUCUCUUGUAAAUAAAAUAUACAUGACCCUA